UGAAUUUGUAUCUGAAAGUGUUAGUGCAGAAACUGUAGAAAAAUGGCUGAAGAGGAAAAACAACAAACCAGAAGAUGAAUCGGCUCCUAAGGAAGUCAGCAGGUACCAAGAUACGAAUAUGCAGGGAGUUGUAUAUGAACUAAACAGCUAUAUAGAACAGCGGCUGGAUACAGGAGGAGACAACCAUCUACUCCUCUAUGAAUUGAGUAGCAUCAUUAAAAUAGCCACAAAAGCCGAUGGAUUUGCACUGUAUUUUCUUGGAGAGUGCAAUAAUAGCCUAUGUGUGUUCACACCACCUGGAAUAAAGGAAGGAAAACCUCGACUCAUCCCUGUGGGGCCCAUCACCCAGGGAACCACCAUCUCUGCUUAUGUGGCCAAGUCCAGAAAAACAUUGCUAGUGGAAGACAUCUUUGGCGAUGAACGAUUUCCAAGAGGUACUGGACUGGAAUCAGGGCCUCGCAUCCAGUCUGUUCUUUGCUUACCCAUCGUCACUGCAAUUGGUGAUUUGAUUGGUAUUCUUGAACUGUAUCGGCAUUGGGGCAAAGAAGCCUUCUGUCUCAGUCAUCAGGAGGUUGCAACAGCAAAUCUUGCCUGGGCUUCAGUAGCAAUACAUCAGGUGCAGGUAUGCAGAGGCCUUGCCAAACAGACUGAAUUGAAUGACUUUCUACUCGACGUAUCAAAAACUUAUUUUGACAAUAUAGUCGCAAUAGAUUCUCUACUUGAACAUAUAAUGGUAGGUCGUCUUUUGUUUUGAAAAUAAUUUUA